UUCUACAACUUCUGCAUUGUGCUCGCAGCAUGCAGCAACACGUGUUUGUUAGUGCGCACGUCUUGUAAAUAUAUGACAGGAUAAAUUUUCUCAAGCUCUCUAUAUGUUCCGAGAAUGGCAAAGCUCAAGGCAUAUUACACGCUGUGUCCGCUCGUCGACCAGCAAAGUCUGGGCGUCGAGAAAGACAAGGAACCGGAUUGUGCGAUAGUGACCCUCGGCAACAUAGUGAUACGGUAUAAGCUUCAAGACCUGAAGCAGAUCAGCAGCUGGUCCAGCAAAGAGAAGCUGACGACGCAGGUAAUCUACGACAGGUCCAAGCAGCGCUACGCCGCAGUCUUCAACGAGAGGAGGAUACGGGUCUGGUUGGAGGAGGAGACGGACCUGAACAGUGUGAAGGGAUACAAGUUCCAGUCUCCCCUUUACGCCAUUCUACCGCGCGACGAUGCACCACCAGUGCUGAUCCAGCUGAACGGCGCCACAGCUUCCUUAGAGUGGGCGAUCGAGAACAGGAAGACCUGGGCGAGCAAGGGCGUGAUCAGGACUAACGAGAAGCUGUUGGGCUGUCAGCUGAUACAGUUGAACGGAAAGACGAGCCUGUUCUGCCUGACAAAAGUGGAAGACGUUCAUAACUGCGUGGUGUUCAGGUUGGAGGACGAAACCUGCCUGGAGAGAGCAGACACCGUCAGGAGGAUAGAAUUGAAGCGCAGGUCGGAGGACCUCGUGGGACACGCGGUAGUCCAUUACAAGAAUAACGCGUAUUUGUUAACUUUAUGGUCACACGGUAGAUUGUACAGCCACUUCCUCACGGGAACGUCCACCGAUCCGGAGUCCACUAGGCUGAUCAGCGUGAUCACCAAUAUAAACACGAGGUAUCCUGCGGUCAUAACGCACUUGAACGAGACAACCAUAGCGGUCUACGGCGCCGACGUCACCGACGAAGGGGCGGUACUGAUGAUAUACAACGUACAAUUCAAAUUGGUGCAGGCGGCACAGAAGCUGAAGCUCUACACGAACGACGCCAAGCUGUGGAAGGUGGAGGAUAAGUUGCUGCUAGCCGCGAACAGGCAUCUCGCGAUCGCACCCUACCACCUUGCGCCGCAGCGGAUAUCCGCUAUGCUCGGCUCCUCGUUGCGCUUCAAGAACGAGAGCAACGAGAAGGACGCGGACGACAUCAUGGUGAUACAGGACGCGAUGGUGGCUCAGUGGGACAAGGGCCGACCGCGCGCGAAGAACUCGUUAAGCCGAAUACCCUCGAACAUCGCGAAACAGAUUCACGUCUACUUGAACGAAGGCUGGAGCGACGCAGCGAUACAGGAGACGCUGAUCCCGAGCUUGAUGGAGUCUAAGGACAUCGCGUCGAUCUGCUGGUGCCUCGACACGUUCAAAGACCUGCCGGAGAAGUUGCUGGUGGACCUCCUGGCGUUCGCUCUGAAAAGUCCGGAUAAGGUAUUCGUGCCGGUGCAAAACGGUACGACCGACAGUAUAUCGAAAGCCAGCAGUCCCUACUCGAGGAACGCCUUCCUCGCGAAGGUACUCAGCAUCGGCUACUCUGGCGUUUCUCUGCUACCGCAUCUGAAAACCGGUCUGACGUUCGACGAGGUGCUUAAGCUACUGGAAUAUCUGAUGGACAAACUGAGCGAGGAAACGGACUCGCUCGACGACAAUCCGCAACCCAGCGACCACCAGCUGUACGAGUGGUCCUGCGUGCUCCUCGAUUCUCACUACCAACACUACCUGCUGUCGCAAGACGCACACGUGCUGGAACUCUUUAAUCAGCUGAACUCGAUCUUGGAACAGCACUUUCAGUUCCUGCAAGAUCUGGAGAACCUGAGGCCUAUACUAGACAGAACCAACAAUGGAAAACCGUUGCGAUCCUCGUCAAGAACACACAAUAAAUUUUACUCUAUAGAGGAAAUAAAACUUUAUUAAAUUAUAAAGCA